CUUCUAUUUCGCCACUUCUUGCAAGUUCAUUCUCUCGAUCUCUAUAUCUGCGAUUAAAGCUGUGUAAAGGUUUCCAUGGCGGAGCAUCUCAGUGACGAACAGAUCUCUGAGUUCAAGGAAGCCUUCAGCCUAUUUGACAAGGACGGCGAUGGUUGCAUCACAACCAAGGAGCUGGGAACUGUCAUGCGAUCGCUUGGGCAGAAUCCAACAGAGGCAGAGCUACAGGAUAUGAUUAACGAAGUGGAUGCUGACGGCAAUGGCACGAUUGAUUUUCCAGAGUUCCUCAACCUGAUGGCUCGCAAGAUGAAAGAUACUGACUCUGAGGAGGAACUGAAGGAGGCCUUCAGAGUGUUCGACAAGGACCAGAAUGGCUUCAUUUCUGCAGCUGAGCUUCGCCAUGUCAUGACCAACCUUGGGGAGAAGCUGACUGACGAGGAGGUUGAUGAGAUGAUCCGCGAGGCUGAUGUGGAUGGUGAUGGCCAGAUCAACUACGACGAGUUUGUCAAAGUCAUGAUGGCCAAAAGAAGGGAGAAGAGGAGGCAGAGCAUGAAGAAUGAAGGAAGAAGUGGUGGGCAGACUACUGCUUCUUCUGUUGUUAAUGGCAGCAAAAAGGGUGGCUUCCUUUGCUCCAGUCAAGGACAUUGCUCAAUUCUCUGAACCAUUCAAUCAGUAGAGCUGUUGGGCAUAUAUAUAUAUAUAUAUAUAUAUGUGUGUGUGUGUGUCUAUCUCUAUAUGCAUUACCCUACCUGUAUAAUAUUUAGGUUAUGUGAUGGGAAUAUAGAAAUGAAAAAGAGAAUUUAUCUAGGUUUAAGUGGGUUUAGCCUAACUGACUAUUACCAACUAAUUUUUCUUAAAAGCUCCUUUGUACAA